AUUAUGGAGGACGAAUUACGUUGUCCCACUUGCAAACAACUUUUUGCUAAUCCGGUUUUAUUGCCCUGCUUCCAUGCCCUUUGCCUGGGCUGUGCUUUGGAUAUACAGACACCCUAUACACCGGGUGCCAUUUUAGCUUCCGUCACAGGCGGUGGUUCUUCCUCGUUGAAUGGUGGUACUUUACACAGUGUUGCCGCCACAGUCCAUCCCCACCCAUCGGGUCUAGCUGCUGGUGGUCCCCAUCAUUCACAUCCCCACAAUCACACACAUCCAUCAACCAGACAUUCAUCCAACAGUUCAGCUGCCAGUACAACCAGCUCCGCCACGGGCACUGAAUCCGUAACCUCAGAUCAAGAUCAAUCGGAUAAAGUUAGCAUUUUGAGUGAAGCUGACUCAGGUGUCGUUUGCUGUUCGAACACCUCACGGCCUGUGUCAUAUGCCGGUACCGGACACAUUACCAAUCUUUUGCAGGGUGCUGCUGCCUCAGCUCCCCCCGGUGCCGCUUACAGUCUAACCUGUCCUCUUUGCCGUAAAAUUGUUUUCUUUGACGAAGGUGGUGUUCGCAAUCUGCCACCCUAUCGUGCCAUGGAAUCGAUUGUCGAUCGUUUCUGCGCCCGUGAGGCUCUACGUUGCCAGAUGUGUGAAACAGAUCCCAAAGUGGCAUCAUUGGUCUGUGAACAAUGUGAAAUACGUUAUUGUGACGCUUGUCGGGAGCUGUGUCAUCCAGCGAGGGGUCCCUUGGCCAAACACAAUUUGGUAAAGCCCAAAGGAGCUGCCCAGCAGCGAGAAUCAGUGUGCGGAGAACAUGAAGAGGUUUUGUCAAUGUACUGCCUAACUUGUAAGAUUCCAGCCUGUGCUGAUUGCAUCAAUGAUCAACGUCAUCCACAACACGAAGUCCAGCCGAUUACAACGACUUGCAAGGCACAAAAG